AAUUCAACGGAAGGGUCCCAUCUCAAACUUAAACGGCUAAUUCGGUGCUCUAGGAACCUAGUUUUAAGGCCGUUAAAACGCUUUCUGGCUCCUAAAUCCGAUUCGGGGCCAAUUUGUUGGUUCCAUGCGACUGCUUGUAGUAACAUAAUUGUUCAUAGUGAAUGUUCUUGGUCAGAAUGUUGUUUUGGAAUGACUUCUUCGUUUAUUUUUAGUUGGAGUUACCAUGUAAACUAGGCUAAGUGGUUGCUAACAGAGCUCAGGUUGCUAAUGCCGUGUGAAGAUUUUUUAUUAUGUUUUCCGGACUUAUUCAACCAUGAAUUAACAUUUCUCCACGGUGAUAUCAUUGGACCUUUUAUUAAUUUAAUAAUACGUCGUUGUUUUUUUUUUAAGCGAGCUAACUUAGCUAAAGUACAGCAAAUCCGGGUAAGCGGACUACCAUCAUGACCCUCGCUCCGAAGGAACUGUCCAACCUGCUGAGCAUCAUCUCGGAGGAGGCCGUCUCCGGCACCUUCGAGAGCCUCUCCACUCACUUUCAUCAUUACUUCGGGAAGGCAGAGCACUUCAGGGUGGGCUCGGUUCUGGUCAUGCUCCUGCAGCAGCCCGACCUGCUACCAAGCUCCCCGCAGCGGCUCACCGCUCUCUACCUGCUCUGGGAGAUGUACAGAACCGAGCCCCUGGCUGCCAACCCGUUCGCCGCUGUGUUCGCCCACCUGCUGAACCCUGCGCCGGGAGAAGAGCAGGAGAAGGUUCUGUCAGGUUUCCUGCCGCCCAUCACUCAGCCUGAGAAGUUCUUCCUGUCCCAGCUGAUGCUGGCGCCGCCCAGAGAUCUGUUUAAGAAGACGCCCAGACAGGUGUCCUGCAUGGACAUCACCAACAUGCCCCAGUCUAUCGAUAUCAGUGGGCUGCAGCUGGCUUUGGCGGAGCGUCAGUCGGAGCUGCCCACUCAGAGCAAAGCCAGCUUCCCGAGCAUCCUGAACGACCCUGAUCCAGACUCUUCCAACUCAGGAUUUGACAGCUCUGUGGCCAAUCAGAUCAUAGAGUCUUUGGUCACAGGGCCACGCCCUCCUCUGGAGAGUCACUUCCGGCCAGAGUUCAUACGGCCUCCGCCGCCUCUCCACAUGUGUGAGGACGAGCUAGCGUGGCUGAACCCCACCGAGCCGGACCACAGCAUCCAGUGGGAUCGCUCCAUGUGUGUGAAGAACAGCACGGGUGUAGAGAUCAAACGCAUCAUGUCCAAGGCCUUCAAGAGUCCGCUGUCCGCCCAGCAGCAGUCACAGCUGCUGGCCGAACUGGAGAAGGACCCCAAGCUGGUGUACCACAUAGGCCUGUCCCCGGCCAAGCUGCCGGACCUGGUGGAGAACAACCCGCUGGUGGCCAUCGAGAUGCUCCUGAAGCUGAUGCAGAGCAGCCAGAUCACUGAGUAUUUCUCAGUGCUGGUCAACAUGGACAUGUCGCUGCACUCCAUGGAGGUGGUCAACAGAUUGACCACAGCCGUGGACCUGCCUCCAGAGUUCAUCCACCUCUACAUCUCUAACUGCAUCUCUACAUGUGAGCAGAUCAAAGACAAGUACAUGCAGAAUCGGCUGGUCCGACUGGUCUGCGUCUUCCUCCAGUCGCUGAUCCGAAACAAGAUCAUCAACGUUCAGGACCUGUUCAUCGAGGUCCAGGCCUUCUGCAUCGAGUUCAGCCGCAUCCGUGAAGCCGCCGGCCUCUUCCGCCUCCUGAAGACGCUGGACACCGGAGAAAACCCAUCCGAAGCCAAACCUGCCAAAUAAAGAGCCUCACAGAGACAGCAACACAGCUUCCUCUUCCUCUCCAGCUCUUGGUGCAUCAGUAUUGGAUGCUGCUCACUGUACUGAGAGUAAAUAGUGUAAAUAUAUAUUUUUUAACCAGACACCAAGUCUUUGACUCUCAUCUCCAGUUUUACUUGGGUUUUUCUCUCUUCCUACAAAAGUAAAAAAAAAAAGAAAAAUCA